AUUCGAUUGUUUUCAAGUCCACAGUGUAUCCUGAAUGGUGAGUUUUAUUUUUCUAUCGUGUUUUUGUCCUUCUCAAUGUUUUUCUUUCCACCCACCCGACUCAACCCCCACUCAAUCCAAAUCAAUCCUGUGUCGUGUUAACGCUCAGGACGGAUGCCGGCCAUCGUCUUCUCGCACGGCACGGUCGAACGCAGAACAGCCUGUAGGGAUCUCGACCAUUCCACAACCCACUUUGGACGCGCAUAUGAUCUCUGCCUUGAUCAUCCCUGCUGCCCUGUUCAAUCCAGCUUUCGCGAAGGUUGAUAGUUGCCAGGUCAAUGAAACCUACCUGGACCUCGGCAUUCCUAUCUUUCUUUUUCGAGACCCCCUUGAUCUACUGUGUCCCACUGGCCAUCUAGACCGCGCCGUAACCCAGCUCCAUCUUCGAUUCUUGCCAUUGCUCUGCUCUCUCGUUUCGUCCGUAUUUGUAGUUGAUGCUGCGUUAUAUGCUCUUCGUGGGCGAUGGCGCGAUUUUGCACGCCCCUUGGGUCCAGUCUCCAGGCCCAGGAACGCGGCGAACAAGCAGAGGCCGUAAUGCAAAAAUUCCGAGUUCUCAACUCCCUCCUUAAUAAAUCUCCCGCGAAUCAUUCAGAACGGACCCGAAAGCUGAUGUAGAAGCAGAAGCUACCCGCUACACACGUCUGAUGGAGGAUCGGGA